UGCGUGGUUUACAUCCGCAUUUGGCUCACGUUCGGUAGAGCCAGCAACAAACGUCUUACGCCUUAAAUAGGAUAGUCACGAUGUUUAAUAAUCUCAGAUAUGUUUUUAAUCUAAAUUGCUAACACCUCCGCGAUGAGUAGCCUUUGUAAAGAACUCGUUACGCUCCAGUUGGGACACUAUUCCAACUUUGUAGGCACACAUUGGUGGAAUCUGCAGGAUGCCUCCCUGUCUGAGGAGCUGGGCGAGAUCAACAGCGAUGUCGCGUUCCGUGAGGGCCGGACGAUUGAUGGGCAGGUCACCUACACACCCAGGCUCAUUGCCAUGGACCUCAAAGGAAGUCUUCAGACUCUGCGACAAGAGGGCUGUCUGUACAGCACAAACAAAGAAAGCUCCCCCAUUUCCUGGGAGGGGCCUGUCACCAUGCACCAGGAGAGCCCGGUCUCAAAGAACCCCUUCCUCCUGGACCUCGACAAGCUGGAGACUGGGGGGCUUUUGGCCCAGGUUGACUACAGUGACCAGGCCAAUUCCUCAGGAGCUUUUGGCGCGGGUAGCGUGAACCGGCAGCUGGAGCGAGUGGCUAAGAGCUACGCGCUGGAGGGCAGUGUCCGGGUGUGGUCAGACUUCCUGCGGAUACACCUCCAUCCUCGCACGGUCUCCGUCAUCCACCAGUAUAACCACGGCGGGGAGACCCACCGCCUGGAGGCCUUCGGCCAGGGGGAGCCCCUGCUGCAGGGCCCGGUUCUGGAGGACUUGGAGGACCGGCUGCACUUCUUCAUAGAGGAGUGUGACAACCUGCAGGGCUUCCAGGUGCUCUGCGACCUGACCAACGGCUUCUCCGGCCUGGGGUCAAAGGUCACGGAGCUGCUCCAGGACUCGUACGGAGGAAAGGGCAUCCUCACCUGGGGAAUGGUCCCCGUCACCCAUCCUGACACGACCCCGAUGAAGGACAUCUACCACGUGAUCAACACGGCGCUGGGCAUGGUGCACAUGGCCAACAACAGCUCCUUCUUCUGCCCCCUGACCCUGAGGGGGGGGCUUGGCAGGCGCCCGGGCCCCCCCGUGGCCUUCCCCCACCUCACCUACGACCCCUCCCUGUGGUACCACUCCAGCUCGGUCCUGGCGCUGGCCCUGGACGCCCUGACCGCGCCCUGCCGCCUCCGCCAGAACGGCGUCCCGGUGGGCCAGAUGGCGGACCUGCUGACCGGCUCUGGGAGAAAGGUGGUGGCUGCAUACGGCGCUGUUCCCUUACCCAUGAUGCAAGGCGCCACGCUGCCCGACGCCCUGAGUAGCUGCGCCGAUGCGUUGCCGUGGAGACCCUUAUCGUCGUGCCCGGACGGCGGUGGCGGUCAGUGUUUUGCUCAGCUGCUGACACUGAGGGGCCUGGACGAACAACGCCUUGUCAGCCGUGCGCUCAAUGGGCCACAAGCCCCCAACGCUUUACACGGGCUGAAAAGUGGGGAGGACGUACUGGCCUCCUACAUGGCCUCCUUCUACCCUACCGGUGAUCUGGCCAUGCACCUGCUCUCCAGCCCCAGCCUGUUGACCCCGCCCUUCCCCCAGGUCUUCAGCUCAGACCUGGGGGAACAGGGCUGUCUGCAGAGCCGCUGCCUGGCCCCCGGCGCCGUGCCCCCCAUCGUCUCCUCCGUGCCCGUCCUCUCCUGCCUCCAGUCCGGCCCGGCCCUGGGCCCCUGGCUGGCCGAGCUCCACCGCGCCGUGGGGGCCCUGAACAUCCGCCGCCUGGCCCCCAGCUUCCUCUCCCAGGGGCCCGAGCUGUCCGAGUACGAGGAGGCUCUCGAGCAGCUGCGCCUGCUGGCCCGCUGUUACCGUGACGACAACCGGGGCGCCGCCCACUUCUCCUCCGAGGACAGCAACGACGACAGCGACGACUGACGACGGCGGCGGCGGCGGUCGCUCUGCAACCACGCGAGGGACCCUGACGACGGGCCCCGCGGCAACAGAUUGAUGAGGUCAUCGCGGCGGUCGUGAGGUCGACGUCGUCGUCAUCGUAGCGCGAGUGACGACGUCGUCCGAACGUGGACGAUGACAUCGUUAUACGGGGGGGACGAUGAGGUCACACAGUGGAGGACGAUGAUUAGGAUGAGGAUGAUGUCAUCAUAAGGUGAAUGGUCAUCAGUACUUAACUGUUUCGCUGUUGCAUGCCGCCUCCUAAUGGCUGUGAGUUAACAGAAGAGUAUCAGACGCAAAAGAAGACUGUUUGAAAAUAUAGGAACAAUGCAUAAAAGUUGGAGCUUUACUUGUAAACGGAACAACAUUAAUCACAUCUAGGUAGUAAAGACUCUGUAAGGAUUUCGAGUUCAUGGUAAAGUAGUAAAUAAGAGGGAUUGAUCGCACAUAAGGAUGAAGAAUGAAUGGUUGUUACUGACUAAUUAAAUGUGUUUUAUACUACCGGUUA